AUGGUUUCUCCGAUUUCAGACAUCGAUGCUUCCGCUUUGACCGUGAUUUACGGGGCUGCUGAGACGGCGGGAAUACGGAGCCUGGUGGCUGCCGGUGCGCUGUCCGGGAUUGCAGUGUUCGUGUUGUGUGUGGUCAUGACCCUGCGACCACCGUGUUACCGCAAUACGCACGUCAUCCCGAUCUUUGUCUCUCUUCUUUGUGCGAACUACCUCCAGGCGAUCGCGUCCAUGAUGGACAUCCAGUGGAUCAUGGAUGGCGCCGUAGAGGGCGGGAGUUUCUGCGGCGUCCAGGGCGCGCUGAAGAACGCCGGCAAUGUUGCGGCCGCAUUUUGGUCGGUUGCACUAUCGGUGCACGUUUUCAUGCUUCUUUUCUUGAGGAAAAACAUGAGCCAUGCCACUUGCACGGCUUUGGUGGUUGGCGGCUGGUCGUUCGUCAUUUUCGUCCCUGUCAUCGGUGUGACUGCGAUUCAAACCACCGCGAGAGGCCCGUACUUUGGUCCGUCAGGUUAUUGGUGUUGGAUCACGCAUAACUACUAUGGGGAGCAGACAUUCUUAGAAUACUUCUUUGAAUUCGUCUCGGCAACAUGUUCGAUCGUGCUCUAUACGGUCAUUGUGCUUCGCGUGCGGGGAAACUUGACGAAGAUGGAUGGUAAAUGGUGCCUACGGUUCGUGCCCCGAGGCGAACGCUGGCUGUUGGCCAUCUCCCGCGAUUUCACCGAUACGGCGAUGAUGAGCGUCGCCGCUCGGAUGGUCUGGCAUCCCGUUGCGUACACUGUGUGCCUCCUCCCGGUAACCAUAGCACGCUUUAUCUCCUUUGGCGGCCACGAAGUGCCCUUCUGGGCGACAGUAUUGGCAGAUUUUAUCUUCAACCUUCAGGGUCUGGUGAACGUCAUCCUCGUCUUGUGCACCCGCCACCUCAUCCCGAACACGGCCUGCCUCCCGAUGUUCAUGCCCCGGAAAUGCAUCAACCACGAUUCCCCUGAGGCUUGCGGUAUCUCGCCCUUCGUGAUGUCACAGCCGGAGCCCAAGGCGAAGGAGAUCGUCGAGAAGAGCCUGCCUCCAAUCCCCGAGGACCCAUUCACGCCCGGGAUGAGGGCCCUUGCCAGUCCGGUGGUCGCCCCGUGGACAAUCACAGUACAUAGCCCAGCUGUCAGCCUCCAGCGUUCGGAUUCCAUAGCGAGUAUCUCGACCGUCAGCUCCGCGGACUCUCAGACCCCAAUGAUUCGCAACUAG